AUGCCUGGAAUUCCACCAAACGCACUGUCUGAUCUGAAGGCGAAGAUCAAGAACUUGCUGAAGGGCAAGAAGAGCAAGAAGGCUGAAGAUAAGCCCGCCGCAGCAACAAAGACCGAGGAGCCUGCUACCAACGGGGCCACUGCCACUGAAGCUGCACCGGCGGAGCCAGCUGCUGCUGCGACUACCGAAACUCCUGCCCCAGCACCAGCACCAGCUGCUGAGCCAGUUGCUGAGCCAGCAAAGACCGAAGUUGCCGACACUCCUGCUGCCCCAGCAGAGCCAACCCCAGCCGCUGAGCCAGCUGCCGCGGUCGCCAAGCCUACGGAACCUGUUGCCGCAUGA